ACCUGGGAUUGUGAUGUCAGUGUAUUAGUAGAAGGAAGUAAUGCUUCCUGUAGGAAUGAUGGCAAUUUUGACCUUUCAGAAGCAGGUCAUGAUCUGACUGCAAGAUGAAAAUAGAGCAAGACAAACUGCAGUAAUAAUACCAUCUCAUUCUCUGAUAGGAUAUUUCAAAGUAAGAUUAUGGCUUAUGGACUGCAGAUAAGAGAUGAAGAAAGUGGCUACAAUAAAAAUCUAUUUUGCAUUCCUAAGCAUUAUGAAGAAGAUUUAGAAAGAGUCUUCAUUCCUCAUGGACUCAUCCUGGACAGGACAGAACGUUUGGCUAGAGAUAUCAUGCAAGAUAUGGGAAGCCAUCACAUUGUUGCGCUCUGUGUCCUUAAAGGAGGCUAUAAAUUCUUUGCUGAUUUGCUGGACCAUAUAAAAGCACUAAAUCAAAACGGUGAUAAAUCUGUGCCUAUUACUGUGGAUUUUGUUAGAAUAAAAAGCUACUGUAAUGAUUCGCCUACAGAAAAAAUCAGUAUUGUUGGAGAAGAACUUUCUACACUAAAUGGGAAGAAUGUGUUAGUAGUAGAGGACAUUAUUGAGACUGGUAGAACAAUGAAAGCGCUACUGUCAAAGCUAAAAGACAAUGAACCAAAGAUGGUAAAAGUUGUAAGCCUGCUUGUUAAAAGGACACAUCAAAGUCCAAGUUACAGACCAGACUAUAUAGGCUUUGAAAUUCCAGAUAAAUUUGUAGUGGGAUAUGCUCUUGAUUAUAAUGAAUACUUCAGAGAUCUAAAUCACAUCUGCAUUCUGAAAGAGAAAGCCAAAGAGAAAUACAGGAUCUGAUAAUUCGGUCUUCUGGAACAACAGUUCAGUGGCAUGUACAUUUGUGUGGAUGAAUAAUAAGUAAUCUACUAACUGUGCUCUUUGCUGAAAAACUACAUUUUCUGAAGACACUACUCUAUAUAUUUUUUCCUAUUAUGAUUAUGUAAAACAGCUUGAAGGUAAAUGAGCCAGGACAUCUACAUGUGUAUGUAGCUAUGUUUGGGGUUUCAUUUAGUAUAUGAAGUAACACAUUAUGUAAUUGUAUAUAAACAGUUAUUUUUACAUGUGGGUAAAUAUACAUGCAUGUACUUUAUGUAACAAGUAGACUGAAUAAGCAUUUAGGGACUUGAAGUUACUUAAGUUACAAAGUACAUAUCACAUGGAAAACACACUUAGUUCUUUUUAGCUUAAUGCAAUGAUGAAAAAAGUAAAGAUUAAGGUAACACCACUAAAAUUAGUCCCUGUAACUGGGACUGUUGUGUUUUGUUUUCUGAGGGAAGGGAUCAGAUGUUGAUUGUACCCUUUGUGGUGUUAAAGUGCAGGUAAGACUGAUUGCUAGCCGCUCAGAGCAGAUGAUAAGCCAUUAUAGCAGGAACUAACUUCUGCUAGUUGUAUGUUCCUAACUGGAAGUUAAAACUGCAGUAUAAAC